AUGGGACCCUGCUUCCCGCAUGCUACUGGAGAUCAUCCGUGCCCCCACUCCUGGUGGGGACAGGCCGAGGGGCCCUGGCUGGGUUGGGGGGCGAGGCAGUGUUUUCUACAGAGGUUGUGGAGGGAGAGGGCACCUACCCAGGAGGGGGGCCGCGUGGGGUCCCAAGGCUGCAGGGCCAAGGGCCCCUCCCGUCCUACACCGGGCUGGGCGGGUGGCAGCCUCUGUGUUUUGGAUCUAACUGGUGACAGGGCUGGGACACAAAGCCCCACCCUGGCCCUCCUCUGCCUCCAGACGCAGGGCUGGGUGCUUGGGAACUGCCAGUGCCGGGCAAGCAGGGGAGCAGUCCGGAGGGAGGGCGGCACCCUCUCCUGCCUUGCUGGCACCGUGUUGCCUAGUGACAGACACAAGUGUUUGUUUGCAAAUUCGCGACACUCUGUCAGGAAGAGCCCGCUGGGUCAGGAAAGCAGGAGCAGAUGCAGGGCUCUUAGGGCCAGAGUUCGCUGUCAGCACCUCCCUGUCACUGCCGUCACCUGGGAGUCACAGUCCUGCAUAGUGGAGGUUUCGAGGACUCCCCGGAAGCUCCCAGAGCAGGGCAAGGGCCUGCAGGACGCUGGUGCAAGGAGGGGUCCCCUGGAGGACGGUCUUCGAGCUGGAGAAGUGCCCACUCUGGCGAGCACAGCUGCAUCUCGGGACCGGGUCCCACCGCUGCCCCUGCAGAGGCAUGUGUCCACCCCAGACUCCCCCACAUCCCACCCCUCCAGCAUGACGCCGUGGCCAGACCCAGCUACAGUGACAGAGACGGAACAGGCCACCAGGUCAAGGCUUUAUUUCAUGCUGGGACCAAAGAGGCCCGAGGAUGCCGCCGCCCCCGCUGCCUCCUGCUCUCUGAUCCCACAGAGCAAAGGCCUAGAAAUCUGAUCGGUCUGAGUCUA